CUGGCCUUUGCCGGAGUUUGACCCAAGUCAGAUCCGACUGAUUGUGUAUCAGGACUGCGAAAGAAGAGGACGGAAUGUCUUAUUUGACUCCAGUGCUAAAAGAAAAAUAGAGGAUGUUUCAGUGUCGAAACUCUGCAGCGAUGCUCAGGUGAGAGUUUUUGGGAAAUGCUGCCAACUGAAGCCUGGAGGAGACAGCUCUUCUUCCUUGGAUAGUUCAAUCAAUUCAUCCUCCUCGUUCUCUGAUCCGAAAGAACAAUGCCCAAAAUACCAGGGUUCUCGGUGCUCCUCAGAUGCUAACAUGCUUGGAGAGAUGAUGUUUGGCUCUGUGGCCAUGAGCUACAAGGGCUCCACGUUGAAAAUUCACCAAAUUCGCUCACCUCCUCAGCUCAUGCUCAGCAAGGUUUUCACAGCUCGCACUGGAAGCAGCAUCUAUGGAAGUCUGAAUACGUUGCAGGACAGUCUUGAGUUCAUUAAUCAAGACAGCAAUACAUUAAAGCCUGACCACAGUACAAUUAUGAAUGGACUUCUUGGGAAUAUAGGUCUUUCACAGCUUUGCAGCCCUAGGCGGGCAUUCUCAGAGCAAGGUCCGCUCCGCCUGAUCCGGAGCGCCUCUUUCUUUGCAGUUCAUAGCAACCCUAUGGAUAUGCCUGGGAGGGAGCAGAAUGAGGACAGAGACAGCGGUAUAGCACGAUCUGCAUCUCUUAGCAGUUUGCUCAUCACUCCGUUUCCAUCUCCGGGCUCUUCGUUUAACAAAAGCUGUGCUAGCAGUUACCAGCGGCGUUGGCGUCGCAGUCAGACUACCAGCUUGGAGAAUGGGGUCUUCCCUCGAUGGUCCAUGGAUGAAAGCUUUAACUUGUCAGAUGACAGCUCUGGUCCUAGCCCAGGAAUUGUUAGGAAGAAAAAAAUAGCAAUUGGAGUUAUUUUUUCACUCUCAAGAGAUGAAGAUGAAAACAACAAAUUUAAUGAGUUCUUCUUCUCACACUUUCCUCUUUUUGAGAGUCACAUGAACAAACUGAAGAGUGCAAUAGAACAGGCUAUGAAAAUGAGUCGUAGAUCAGCUGAUGCCAGUCAGCGGAGUUUGGCAUAUAACAGAAUUGUUGAUGCCCUUAAUGAAUUCAGGUGA